AAUGGUUAAAAAAGGAAGUUGUUCUCCACCCACUCCUUCACCCAAUCUAUUUGAUUUCUUCUUCUUCUUCUUCCGUUCACUGUCAGUGUCCUCUCUCUGUUCGCCCAUUCCAGAGAUCAGAAAGAGGAACCAGCCUAUCGCAUAUCCACCGCAACGCCAACGACUUCAAAGCUCCUCUUGCUCUCUCUCAGCCUCGCCACGCGCCAACACCACACUCUCUCUCUACAAAAAUCAGAGUCCUCGCUUCUCACUUCGAACAUUGCUCAUUCAUCUCUCUCGAAUCGAAAUCUCUGUUCGUCACUCCUUUCUCCGCAUCGUCGAACGUCCAAAAUGCAUCUCAGCCAGAGAUUCUCGCGCGUUCCGAAGCCGAUCGAAAAUUCGCCGGCGAAUUGAUGGAAUCGGAGAGGUUUUCUUUUCAGUGUUCGCUUUUUCAUGGAGCUAACGGUUCGGUGCACCUCAUGCGCGCUGUCCAGAUUUCAUUGCAAGCUUCGAUUCGCUGUGAUUGUUUUCGAGAUUAUAUUGAUAUUGGCAUGGGUGGAGGCCCACAAUGCGAAGUCCCAUGAACACCAACUUCAAUUGGGAGGCUUGGAGAGGAAUACCGAGAACAUUGCCUCACACUCUUGCAUACAUGACCAGAUUCUUGAACAGAGGAAGCGACCUGGUCGCAAGGUGUAUUCAAUUACCCCACAGGUUUAUGAGCCUGGUCGCUUGAAACCCCCUCAGCAUAAAGGUAGGACAUUACUUGAUGUGUCAACAUCAUCAAGGCCUCAAGAGGAUGCAAAGAAGCCUAUUAGGAUAUAUCUAAAUUAUGAUGCUGUUGGCCACUCCCCUGACAGGGAUUGUCGAGCAAUUGGCGAUAUUGUCAAACUUGGGGAGCCUCCCAUGACUUCUCCUGGUUUUCCUUCUUGCGAUCCUCAUGCUAUUCCUCCAAUCUUUGGUGAUUGUUGGUAUAACUGCACUUCUGAAGAUAUCUCAGAAGAUGACAAAAAAUGUCGCCUUCGUAAGGCAUUAGGUCAGACAGCUGACUGGUUUAGGAGAGCAUUGGCUGUUGAGCCUGUCAAGGGGAACCUGCGGUUGAGUGGAUAUUCUGCGUGUGGACAAGAUGGAGGUGUGCAGCUUCCUCGUGGAUAUAUUGAGGAGGGUGUAUCUGAUGCCGACUUGGUUCUUUUGGUGACUACAAGACCUACAACUGGAAAUACACUUGCCUGGGCAGUGGCAUGUGAACGAGAUCAAUGGGGUCGUGCUAUAGCUGGACAUGUUAAUGUUGCGCCUCGCCAUUUGACUGCCGAGGCAGAGACUUUGCUUUCAGCUACUCUGAUACAUGAGGUUAUGCAUGUUCUUGGUUUUGAUCCACAUGCCUUUGCUCAUUUUAGAGAUGAAAGGAAAAGACGGCGUAAUCAGGUUACUGAACAAGUUAUGGAUGAAAAACUUGGACGAAUGGCAACACGUGUGGUGCUUCCUCGUGUUGUCAUGCAUUCUCGAUAUCAUUAUGCGGCUUUCUCAGGAAAUUUUUCUGGUUUAGAGCUGGAAGAUGGUGGAGGACGUGGCACAUCAGGAUCUCACUGGGAAAAAAGGCUUCUUAUGAAUGAGAUUAUGACUGGUUCUGUGGAUACAAGAUCUGUUGUUUCAAAAAUGACAUUAGCUCUAUUAGAAGAUAGUGGGUGGUACAAGGCCAAUUAUAGUAUGGCAGACCAUCUUGAUUGGGGUCGCAACCAAGGUACUGAGUUUGUUACCUCUCCUUGCAAUCUAUGGGAGGGAGCCUAUCGUUGCAACACAACACAGUUUUCUGGCUGUACGUAUAACAGGGAGGCAGAGGGAUACUGCCCCAUCCUAACUUAUAGUGGAGAUCUCCCUCGGUGGGCUCGGUAUUUUCCUCAAGCUAAUAAGGGUUUAUGUUGUCUUUGGCCAGAUUUUUCACUAUUGGUGCUGGAUUGUCAAGAAACUGUUAAACCUUUUAGGCUAUUGCAUUCUGGUGGACAAUCCUCGUUGGCUGAUUAUUGCACUUAUUUUGUUGCUUACUCUGAUGGAUCAUGUACAGACACUAACAGUGCACGAGCACCUGACAGAAUGCUAGGUGAAGUCAGAGGAAGUAACUCUAGGUGUAUGGCUUCAUCACUAGUACGCACAGGCUUUGUACGAGGUUCUAUGACCCAGGGAAAUGGUUGCUAUCAGCACAGGUGUAUCAACAAUUCUUUAGAGGUUGCUGUGGAUGGUAUCUGGAAAGUGUGUCCUCAAGCUGGUGGACCCAUUCAGUUCCCUGGCUUUAAUGGUGAAUUACUCUGCCCUGCUUACCAUGAGCUCUGUAACACUGACCCAGUAGCUGUGUCUGGUCAAUGCCCUAAUUCAUGUAAUUUCAAUGGAGAUUGUGUUGAUGGAAAAUGCCGAUGCUUUCUUGGAUUUCAUGGGAAUGAUUGCAGUAGACGUUCCUGCCCCAGCAAAUGCAAUGGCAAUGGAAUGUGUCUUUCCAAUGGGAUUUGUGAAUGUAAACCUGGCUACACUGGCAUUGACUGCUCCACUGCUGUGUGUGAUGAGCAAUGCAGCCUUCAUGGUGGGGUUUGUGAUAAUGGAGUUUGUGAAUUUCGCUGUUCUGACUAUGCGGGAUACACAUGCCAGAAUAGCUCCAUGCUCCUAUCUAGCCUUUCGGUGUGCAAAAAUGUGCUGGGAAAUGAUGUUUCUGGACAGCAUUGUGCACCCAGUGAGCCUAGCAUACUACAGCAACUGGAAGAGGUUGUUGUCAUACCCAACUACCACCGACUAUUCCCUGGUGGUGCUAGAAAAUUAUUUAAUAUAUUUGGCAGCUCCUACUGUGAUGAGACUGCUAAACGGCUUGCCUGCUGGAUCUCAAUCCAGAAGUGCGACAAGGAUGGAGACAACAGGCUUCGAGUGUGCCAUUCUGCAUGCCAGUCUUAUAAUCUAGCAUGUGGAGCUUCACUUGACUGCUCUGAUCAGACGCUUUUCAGCAGUGACGGGGAAGGGGAGGGUCAAUGCACUGGCUCGGGUGAGAUGAAAUUGUCAUGGUUUAAUCGUCUGCGAAGCAGUUUUUCUUUGAGAAAUAGUUCCUUGAAAGGAAUAUCUGUAAAAUAUAGGCAGCUAUAACUCUUUCUUUUUUUCUUUUUUUUUUUUUUGUUGUAAUUUUUUACUCCUUAGAUUUAGGGGGUUGCUUGCUCAUCCAAAAUUGUUUAGGAAAAAUUGGAUGAGGUUGCAGAUUUGGCUUUCAAAGAGGGGAGCCUUUCGUAGAGAAAAUUGGGAAUCUAAAGAUAGAUAAAGUAGAGGGUAAAGAAGGAAAAGGAGGGGAAAAAAAAAGGGUAAUUGAAAUGUUUGUCAGAGGUUGGGCCGAAGGCCUUAAAAGGAAAAAGGGAAAAAAAGGAGAAAAAAAUCUGCUUCGUUCAUAUCUGUAUAUAUAAUUAUAUAUCAUUUGAUCCCUUACUGUCCUUUAUUUUGCCAUCUAUUUUAUUAUAUUCUGAUUUUCCGUU